CGCGGGCCGCGAGUCGCGGCGGGUGGUGGCCUCACCCCCGAGAGGGCCUGGCACGCCGGGCGUCCUCCUUCUAGCGCCGCGGCUGCCUCUUCCCAGGCUCAGUGGGCGGCACGGAGCCUCCGCGGAGCGGGCCUCCCGGGCUCCCGGACGCUGGGACUCGCGCCCUUCGGCCCCAAGCGUGCGAGGCCCGCGCCGAGCUUCCCCUCAGGGCCGCAGAAGGGCUUCGGAUGCACGGAGGAGGUUAGAGGAAGCAAGAACCUCAGGCCAAGUAAAUACUACAGGAAAAUGUUGCCCCCAGGCCUCAGAAGCAGAGUGUGACUUGUUGUGACCUGCAUCUCUCCGAGGCAGUGAAAGCAUGAAAAACACCCACCCCCCAGGUUCUGCACAGGCCCUUGCAGGAAAAUCACUGAAUGGCUGACUUUUGACAACAUGCACCACCAGUGGCUUCUGUUGGCCGCAUGCUUUUGGGUGAUUUUCAUGUUCAUGGUGGCCAGUAAAUUCAUCACCUUGACCUUUAAAGACCCGGAUGCCUACAGCGCCAAGCAGGAGUUCCUGUUCCUGACAGCCGUGCCGGAUACAGGGAAGCCACAGGGAGAGAAGCAAUCUCCUGAGGAACUGAAGCCGACUGGGAAAAUGCUUUCAGACAGGCAGCUUGUUCAGCCCCUGGUCUAUAUGGAGCGCCUGGAGCUCAUCCGAAAUGUCUGCAGGGAUGAGGCCCUGAAGAACCUCUCACACACUGCGGUGUCCAAGUUCGUCCUGGACCGAAUAUUUGUCUGUGACAAGCACAAGAUCCUUUUCUGCCAGACUCCCAAAGUGGGCAAUACCCAGUGGAAAAAAGUGCUGAUUGUGUUAAAUGGAGCCUUUCCUUCCAUCGAAGAGAUCCCUGAAAAUGUGGUUCAUGACCACGAAAAGAACGGCCUCCCUCGUCUUUCCUCCUUCAGCGACGCAGAAAUUCAGAAGCGCUUGAAAACCUACUUCAAGUUUUUUAUUGUAAGAGAUCCCUUCGAAAGACUGAUUUCUGCUUUUAAGGAUAAAUUUGUUCAUAAUCCCCGCUUUGAACCUUGGUACAGGCAUGAGAUUGCCCCUGGCAUCAUCAGAAAAUACAGGAGGAACCGGACAGAGACCCGGGGCAUCCAGUUUGAAGAUUUUGUGCGCUACCUGGGCGAUCCAAAUCACAGAUGGCUGGACCUUCAGUUUGGGGACCACAUUAUUCACUGGGUGACGUAUGUAGAACUGUGUGCACCCUGCGAGAUAACAUACAGUGUGAUUGGCCACCAUGAGACCCUGGAGGAUGAUGCCCCAUACAUCCUAAGAGAGGCUGGCAUAGACCACCUGGUGUCAUACCCCACCAUUCCUCCGGGCAUCACUGCGUAUAAUAGAACCAAGGUGGAGCGCUACUUUCUAGGCAUCAGCAAACGGGACAUCCGCCGCCUAUAUGCACGUUUCCAAGGGGACUUUAAGCUCUUUGGGUAUCAGAAGCCAGAUUUUUUGCUAAACUAAUGG